AUGAAGUCGUUCCACAAUCUGCGAGGACCACGCAUCUGGUCAAAAGAGAAGCGGCGCAUACAUCCGACAGAGGAAAGCCAGAUCGGGUCACAGGAAACGCUGUCGACUUGCCCGGCAGAAUCUGGCCUAUCCUCUGACGGCCAUUGCCGGCACGAUGAGCGGAAGAGCGCGGCCAGCGAGGCAGGAGUUAUACCCAGAGCCUUGGCCCGACAUCCUAGCACCGGCAGCAACGACAGCACGGGGAGCCGGAGACCCGCGGCACGACUGACAAUGAAUCACAUGAAGUCCGUACGGGAGACUCUGCCUACGUUGAAGCCAGGCACGGUCGUGACCACAAAGAGUGCACGGGUCAACAUGUUGGUCGUUCGUAACCCCAAGGAGUGGUCAGAGGGGGACGUGGACGGCGGCGUGGGCAAACCUGGGAUAAUAUCUGCCAUCGAUAUAGUCGCAGGGGACUGCACGGUUUAUUGGUACGAGUCUGGGCAGGUCAACAACUGCAGCAUCGGCAGGAAGGGCGUGCUCUGCAAGCCGUGCGGCGCCAUCCCGGGGUCGCUUGGAGGGGACGACGGAUUGGCGAACGUUGGCAUGGUUCACUCCGCCAUGGAGGCAAUGAGGACUCUGUUCGGGGGCCGCGCUAAGAGAGGACACCAGACGGAAACACCAGUCGAGCCGUUUACUCGACACAUCUCGCCGUUUGACCGGAAGAUCUCGUACACGCAGUACGCGGAGAAGACGCAGACGGCAAUCAUAUUCGAUUGGGACGACACGCUGUUCCCAACCACAUACGUCAAGCACGAUCUGGGCCUCUCCAUCAAUCAUGGUCUGAAGGACCAGGCGCUCAGUCCCCGGAAGAUGGUACGUGUCCAGACCGCUCUAGCGAGAGCCGCGUGCGCCGCUGGACGGCUCCUCCAGUUGGCGGACGAGCGCGGGAAGGUCGUCAUAGUGACUUUGGCCAGGAGUCCGUGGGUCACCGAUUCCUGCAGGAAUUUCUACCCUGGGAUGGGCGAGCUCAUCAAGAAGCUCGGUAUCCAGAUUGUGUACGCGCGGGAUGGCGAGCAGAUUGAGCACAAUAAGGUGAAUUCGAUGGCCGAGGAUCAAUUCGAGACGUUCUGGGCCGAGACGAAGGGCAGGGCCAUCUCCAAGGUUCUGAGCGAUGUUUAUUCCCAGUACGAGGGGCAGUCCUGGAAGAACAUCCUAUCCGUGGGGGACUCACACUUUGAGCGGUACGGCACGAUGGCCGCGACGAUGCAGUAUGCUGCAGUCCAGGGCCUGGGUUUCUUCCUCCAGGAGAUCUGCCCGGGCAGUCUGCAGGCGACGGCGAGCGCGUGCGAGGGCUCGAAGGGGUCGACGCGGUCGUCGCUGUCUGUGUCGAGCGUGAAGAGCUUUGAGAGCAGGGGCAGUGGGAGGCGAAUGUCGUGGGAGGGAACCGUCGGCGGCUACCAGGUCAAGGUCAGGACGAAGACCUUCAGGAUGCUGGACGAUCCGACGGAAGAGGAGCUCAUCCCGAAGAAGAAAACCGGGCACAAGCACAAGCACAACCUUUCGAGGGGCCGCGCGGAUUUUUUGGUUCGGCGUUGGGCUCCUUUAACGGCGCCGCCCCUGGCGCGGUCCGCGCGCCAUGGAGGGGAGUCCAGCGCCGAUCCAAGAAGUACCUGCGGACCUCCGAAAGUUGAUGCUUGCGCCGUUAUUUCUGCUUCUAUCAUCGUGCAGAUGUGUUUGAUGUAUCGGUGGCUCCCUCUGAUGGUAGAGCUUGACGAAGGCUUCGACGUCGAUCUCAACAGCCUCGACGGCGAGGCGGCGUUCGAGAAGGUCGAGAGCAUGCUGUUCGGUCUCAAGGACUGA